GCUCCUCCCGCCCGGCGGCAGCAGCGCCAUCCAUCCAUGGGGUCCGGCGGCCGCCGCGCCGCCACCGGGGCCGGGGCGCUGCCGCUGCUGCCGCCGCUGCUGCUGCUGCUGCUGCUGCUGCCUGCGCCGGGCGGCGCCGCCGCGCUAACCCUGCCCGAUGUGGACGAGUGUGCCCUGGGGCUGGACGACUGCCACCCAGAUGCUAUUUGCCAAAACACCCCCAAGCUGUACAAGUGCAUGUGCAAAGUGGGCUACACUGGAGAAGGGAGGAAAUGUGAAGACAUUGAUGAAUGUGACAACGACUUCAACGGGGGCUGUGUCCACGAGUGUUUCAACAUUCCCGGGAAUUACCGCUGCGCUUGCUACGAUGGCUUUAUGCUGGCUCACGAUGGCCACAACUGCCUGGACACAGAUGAGUGCAUGUUCAACAAUGGUGGCUGCCAGCACGUUUGUGUCAACACCGUGGGGAGCUAUGAGUGCCUGUGCAAGGAGGGGUUCUUCCUCAGUGACAACCAGCACACCUGCAUCCACCGCUCCGAAGAAGGCAUGAGCUGCAUGAACAAAGAUCAUGGCUGUGCCCACAUCUGCAGAGAAACACCCAAAGGAGGAGUUGCCUGUGAAUGCAGACCAGGAUUUGAGCUGUCCAAGAACCAGAGGAGCUGCAUCUUGACGUGCAACCACGGCAAUGGGGGCUGCCAGCACACGUGUGACGAUGCUGACCACGGGCCUGUCUGUGGAUGCCACCCCAAGUACGUCAUGCACGUGGAUGGGAAAACCUGCCUGGAGAGGGAAGAAGCUGCUGUUGAAGUUUCUGAGGGAAACACCACAGCAGCAGCUGAUGUGGACAAGAGAGUGAAGCGACGGCUGCUUAUGGAAACGUGCGCGGUGAACAACGGCGGCUGCGACCGUACCUGCAAGGACACGUCCACUGGAGUCCACUGCAGCUGCCCCGUGGGAUUCACGCUCCAGUUUGAUGGCAAGACCUGCAAAGAUAUUGAUGAAUGCCAGUCCAAUAAUGGAGGCUGUGAUCAUUUCUGUAAAAACACUGUUGGCAGUUUUGAUUGCAGCUGCAGAAAAGGAUUUAAAUUAUUAACAGAUGAGAAGUCCUGUCAAGACAUCGACGAGUGCUCCUUCGAGCGGGCGUGCGACCACGCGUGCAUCAACCACCCCGGCUCCUUCGAGUGCACCUGCAGCAAGGGCUAUGCCCUCUAUGGCUUCACACACUGUGGAGAUAUUAAUGAAUGUAGCAUCAACAACGGUGGCUGCCAGCAGCUGUGUGUGAACACACUGGGAGAUUACGAAUGCCUGUGCCACUCCAACUACAAGCUACACUGGAAUAAAAAGGACUGUGUUGAGACAAAAGAUCCCUUGUCUGAUAAUGUGUCACCCAAGGUACUGCUGCACUGCAUUAAGAGUGGUGGGAGUGAUAGAUGCUUUUUGAGCUGCUCUCCAGAUGUCCAGGUAUUCUCUGGAACACAAGAUGCCUACACCCUCACCUGUGGCAGGUCCUCUCAGCUUAAGAAAAAGCAGCAAAAUGCAAAUGCUUCCAGCUGGCUGGAUGCUUCAGCCAUCAAGAUAAGCGUAACCUUUAAAUUAAAUGAAGGAAAAUGUAGUUUGAAAAAGACUGAGAUGUUUCAAGAAGGUCUGGAGCAGAUGACACCAGAGAGGCAAAACUCAGUCAUGGAGAGCUUCCACUAUGUAAACCUAACGUGCAGCUCUGGCAGGAAAGUCCAUGGAGCCCUCAGUAGACUGACAGCGACUAGAGAGAUUUUUAUCACUGCGGACUUUGAGCUUGAGACGAGCCGGAAGGAGGUGACAGACACGUGCGACGCGCGCUGCGCCCGCAGGAAGACGGAGAAGCGAUUCCGCAAAACCAUCCGCACCCUGCGCAGGACGGUCGGCAGGGACCAGCUCCGCCUGCGCCUCCCCGGCUCCGAGCACCAGCUGGCCAGGAAGGCUCCCAGCACACAGCAGUCCUGUGCCCUGGGACAGCUGCACCCCAGAUGUGAUCAGUGCUCCCCUGGUGAAUAUUCCCCUGAUGGCUUCAAGCCCUGUGUGCCCUGUCCCCCUGGCACAUACCAGCCUGAGGCUGGGAGGGUGUCCUGCUUUCCCUGUGGAGGAGCCCUGACAACGAGGCACAGUGGGGCAUCCUUGUUCCAGGACUGUGAGACCAAAGUUCAGUGUUCUCCUGGCCAUUUUUACAACACCACAACUCACCGAUGCAUUCGCUGUGCAAUUGGGACAUACCAGCCUGAGUUUGGGCAAAACUACUGCAUUGCUUGCCCUGGAAACACCACUACUGAUUUUGAUGGGUCAACAAACAUCACACAGUGCAAAAACAGGCAGUGUGGAGGGGAGCUGGGAGACUACACUGGAUAUAUUGAGUCACCCAACUAUCCUGGGGACUACCCUGCCAACAGCGAGUGCACCUGGAGCAUCAACCCCCCGCCCAAGCGCCGCAUCCUGAUCGUGGUUCCAGAGAUAUUCCUGCCCAUAGAGGACGAGUGUGGAGACUACCUGGUGAUGAGGAAAAGCUCUUCUUCCAACUCGGUGACCACGUACGAGACCUGCCAGACCUACGAGCGCCCCAUCGCCUUCACCUCCAGGUCCAAGAAACUGUGGAUCCAGUUCAAGUCCAACGAAGGGAACAGUGCCAAGGGCUUCCAAGUUCCUUAUGUGACCUAUGAUGAGGAUUACCAAGAGCUAAUAGAAGACAUUGUUCGGGAUGGCAGACUCUAUGCAUCUGAAAAUCAUCAGGAAAUACUUAAGGACAAGAAGCUGAUAAAAGCAUUGUUUGACGUGUUGGCACACCCACAGAACUACUUCAAGUACACAGCCCAGGAGUCGAGAGAGAUGUUCCCGAGAUCCUUCAUCCGGCUGCUGCGCUCCAAAGUCUCCAGAUUUCUGAGGCCUUACAAAUAAUUGGCACUGUAAUUCCAAGCUGAAGCAGCCCUGGCCAUGCACAGGGGGCUGUGGGAGGUGGGGCUGCUUUCUGUGUUUUACACACUGGCAGAGACACUCCAGGGAAGCUCGCCAGCUCCGUUCUUGGCAGAGUUUGGCUUUCUCAGCUCAUAUAAAUAUUUUGGUGAACAGAAUUUUGAUUCCUCUCCAGGUGAUACCUUUUGGGUACCAAAGGAUACUUCACAGUGCCAGAAUUGGAGACUGCCCAUGAUUUCUGUAACUGAAUGGUGCCAAGCAGAAGUUUGUAGAGCUCUGCCCCAUUGCUUCAUCAGCACCUCUAAAAGCUAAUGAGGACAGACAGGCUAAGUAGUGUGGUUUGGGAUGAGCCCUGGGCUGCCAUUAAUGCAUGUUACCUCCACAAAGCUGGGGUCAUGUUUGGUCUCGCUGAAAGUGAGAACAGGAUUGAUGUCUCUCUUAACAUUUGCUGUGCAGGAAAUUCAGAGCUAAGGUUGACAUAGUUUUAAUUCAAACCAGUGAGGCCAAGAACUGCACAAGGUGCAGUUUUUGCCCUAAACUACAUGUGGCAUGGAGCAGAGGGUUGAAAAUCAGCUUGACUGUUCAGGUGUCCAUGCUGGUGACCUAUUGGCUUACAUGGUGUGAUACCUGACUAGACUGUGGGCACCACAGCAGUGGAAAACAGGCCCUGACACACUGGACAUUUCCAUUUUGGCUGUCUGCCUGUUGGAACAGAUCAGAUUCCUUCCUAAAUCCCAGUGUUUUCCCUGUGCAUAGACCUGGGACAGCCAAAGGCAUCUUCCAAGCUGUGUAACAUUCUGUCCUCUGAGCACCUGCAGGUGAACACAGAAGCCCCAUUUUACAUGCAGCCUUUGCAUAGAUGAUGCUCUUGGUACAACACUGUUUAAAGCUGAAUAAGGUUCUUGUAUGAGCCUCAGCUGUUCCAUUCUCUGCCCUUGCUGAGUACCUUGCAAUGGUUGGGCAGAGAAGAGCUGCUUUCCCUGUCUGGCUGGAGACAAGGAGGGGUACAACGAUUCAGCCAGACCGUGGCCACAAAAGUUGUCUAUGGCAAAUUGUUCCUCAGGAUUCCCAGGCUCUGUGUCCUCCUCCUCAGGCUGUUUCCUGUUUGAGACAAGGCUGUUCUGAGAGGGCCUGUAAGGAAAUCUGAGCUGAUCAAAAUGUUGCCUCAGUGCUAUUCUCAGUCCACACCUACAUCUCCUCUGGCCACACAAUCCAUUCUCUCAGAGUAAUGUACUUUGGGGACCUUCUGCUUGGAAGGGAGAUAGCCACAGUCCCAUCCAUUUAGGAAUGGACUUCAGACUUCUGUCUUUUGGUCACUGGCCAUGCCAAGGGGUGCAGUGGGCACCAAGCUCCCUCUCUGUGCCAUCUUUGGAAUGGUACUUACAUUUCACAGGGUAGCCAGGAGGAAUUCUCCCUUUCCCAGGGUGUGGAGCCAGACCUGCUUGUUUCAUUGCAUUGGCAUGUGGUAUUUAACUGCUGUAUGUGAAACCCUCCCCUAGAGCUGGGCUCUGAAGCUCCUCCCUGCACUGUUGGGAGCAGAUGUGUGCUCCUGCCUCAGCCUUGCUGAGCUGCUGUGCCACCGUGUGUGUGGGGCAAGGACACAUCUGGCCAUGGUGUGAUGGGGAGGGAUGGUGGCUGGGGAGCAGAGCCUCUCAGGAUGGGGCUGUGUGGUGUUCCUGCUGCUGGGGAAUGGUUUGUGCAGCUGCCAGGAGAGAGAGCUGUGUCUCCCAGCUGCCCUGGGCUCCAGCAGAGCUGGGGGAUGGCUGUGGCAGGGCGGUGAGUGCCCACUCCAGGAGCAGCCUGCAGCAAGAGCAGGAGGCACAGGGAGCUGGCAGAGCAGAGGGGAGGGCACACAGGUCCCUGUGUGUCCCUGGCAGCUGUGCUCAUCAGGAAGGGUGCUGAGAGGCUUUGCUGCAUCUGGAAAGAGCCCAGGGAGGUGUUUCCAGCCCCUAGCCCCAUUCCAGAUGCAGUGUGCCAGUGAGCCCAGCAAGCCACCAGCCCCCUCUGUGUGCCCUGGGCACUCUGGAGCUGCUGCAGCCCUGCUCUGGUAGUGGCACAGUGGGGACAGGAGCUUUGCUGCAGGCUCAGUGCCAGGGGAGAACAGGGCAGCUGUGGCUGUGCUCCUGCCAGGGAGGCUGAGGAGUGAGCAGCUCUGCUUCGUGGUGCUCAGGGACACACCAGUGACUGGCUUCAGCCAGGGCUGGAGGAGGGCAAAGCUGUGGAACAUCCAGGUGUUCCUGGUGGGUGAAACAUCCAGAUGUUCCUGAUGGGUGAACCUGGGCUGUGAGACAUCCAGAUGUUCCUGAUGGGUGAAACAUCCAGAUGUUCCUGAUGGGUGAAGCUGGGCUGUGAGACAUCCAGGUGUUCCUGAUGGGUGAAGCUGGGCUGUGAAACACCCAGAUGUUCCUGAUGGGUGAAGUUGGGCUGUGAAACAUCCAGAUGUUCCUGAUGGGUGAAACUGGGCUGUGAAACAUCCAGAUGUUCCUGAUGGGUGAACCUGGGCUGUGAAGCAUCCAGAUGUUCCUGAUGGGUGAAACUGGGCUGUGAAACACCCAGAUGUUCCUGAUGGGUGAAACAUCCAGAUGUUCCUGAUGGGUGAAACUGGCUGUGAAACAUCCAGAUGUUCCUGAUGGGUAAACCUGGGCUGUGUUGCUCUGUGCAUGAGUUACUGGCCCGUGCUCUGGGUUUGUCACUCUGCCUCCUGUCCCAGCCCUGCUGUGCCAGCCCUGCACAGCUGUUUUUGGGAGCCACAGUGAUCCCAGCUGUGCUCCUGCUGCCCCACAGUGAGCACAGGCCAUUCCCAUUGCUGGGAGGGCUGGGGCUGAGGAGAGAACCUGCCCCUUCUCAGAGAAUUCCUCAUUGUUCCACUGCCCUGCUCCUUUCCCACCCAAACAGCAAACAGCUCUGUUACCCUUGAUCUGACAUUAUGGAUCAAAAUUUCCCCUCUUGCUGUAAUUCCUGUGUGUACAGUAAAAAGUGAAGAGGGAAUUUUUGCUACCUUGAAUGCUGGGAGGAUUGAUAACUUACAGAAGGUUGUGAACACUUGGCAUUGUGUCUUCAUAGUGAUGGUAGUGGCUCUGUGGAAAUUUCAGUUUCUACUUUCUGUGUGGUUGUAGACUGAUGAUGUGUUUUGGCAACAAGUGAUUCAAAAAAUGUUUAACCUUAUAAAACAAAUUUAAUUUUAGCCCUAACUGGAUGACUCAAUGUCACCUAUGUGAGAUAAGCAAAAGGAACGUUUUGAUGAUUGUAAAUUAAUGUAUAAUGUUUCAGACUGUUACUCUUGAUAAGAGAAAUAAACCAGUGAACUUUUAGCUGCA